AAAGCGGAAAAUGAUAUAUAUACAUAGAGAGAGAGUAUAGACGGUUACUUGAACUGGUAAUUUGAAGUGAAACUGCUGCUGUUGCACUCUGUCUAGGGUUUCGAAAAACGCUAAAUCGAUUGGAAGGCGAAGUUUAUUCUUGGUUGCGGUUACAUUCUACAUUCUUCAAUCUACAGGUCUCUCUCUAUCUAUCUCUCCAUACAAUUCUUUCCUGGAACCCUUCCUUUAACUUUUUCUAUCGAGGCUUGUGGAGGAGUAAGUGAUACACCAUGGCUUCUAACAAGGUAAACAUCACCGUUUAGUCUUAGUUUCAAGUUUGAGGAGUUACAAAUAAACCAUGCCUUGCAUGCAGAAGAAGAAUGAGCCGCCUAUUGGUGCUGGGAAGAUAUUUAACGAACUUCUCAAGGAGGUUGGAACCCCUGUUGAGUUUGAACUUCCUAACAGUUUUGACAAAUGGAAGCCUAUGCCCUACAGAUUCAUAAAACGCAACAUCUACCUCACUAAGAAGGCAAAGAGGCGGUCAGAGGAUGAUGGAAUAUUCUGUUCCUGUAGCUCAUCAAGUGAAUCUUCUGGUGUUUGUGAUAGAGACUGCCAUUGUGGGAUGCUAUUGUCCACCUGCUCCUCGGGAUGUAAAUGUGGAAGUUCAUGUCAGAACCAGCCAUUCCAAAAUAGGCAUCAAAAAGAGAUGAAAUUGGUAAAGACUGAAAGAUGUGGAUCAGGGAUUGUGGCAGAUGAAGACAUUAAACAAGGAGAGUUUGUGAUAGAAUACGUUGGGGAAGUUAUUGAUGAUCAGACGUGUGAAGAAAGACUUUGGAAAAUGAAAGACCGCGGGGAGACAAACUUUUACUUGUGUGAAAUUAAUCGUGAUACAGUAAUUGAUGCUACUUUCAAAGGAAACAAAUCAAGAUACAUUAAUCAUAGUUGCUCUCCGAAUACAGAGCUGCAAAAAUGGAGAAUUGACGGUGAAACAAGGAUUGGCAUAUUUUCAACACGUGAUAUAAAGAAGGGCGAAGAGCUGAAUUAUGACUAUAAGUUUGUUCAAUUUGGGGCAGAUCAAAGUUGUCACUGUGGUGCAGUAAGUUGUAGACAAAAGCUUGGGUCUAAAAUAAAUAAACCGAAAAUCCCUUCUUCAGAGGAAACAUUCAAGCUAGUUUCAGCUAUUGUGGCUGCAAGGAGGUCGGGCAAAGCAGCUGAAGCUAGUUCAUCUGGGAAAGAUGAUGUUACUCAUAGGAAUGAAGCUGCUGUCUAUAAAGGAGGAUUGAGAAGUCACAAUAAUAUUAAUAAUAACCAAGAAAGGAGACGUCUGGGGCAUAACUGCAUUGACGAUAUUGUGAGAAUAGCUUACCCCGCGAUUGAUGUUGAUGAUGGGUCCUCUGAAGAAACUUAUCGCUAUGGUCUGAUCCAACAAUUUGACAAUAAGAGCAGAAAACACAAGAUUUUGUUUGAAGAUGGAAAGACCGAGACCCUGGACUUGGCAAGGGAAAGUUGGGACCGCCCAACCUAUCAAGCAAGAGACUAGAUAGAAAAAAAUACAUAAUAAUAAUUAGGUUAAAAGAUUUGUUGGUGACACAUGAAUAUUGAAACAUGUUGUAUGUAUUGUAUUGGUUAUUUUUGUAAAUGCUCAACUUCUUUUGGGGA